AUGGCCGCGAGGUGCAACGUCGACAUGGAGACGCUGCUCUCCGACCCCAACCGCAACACCGCGACGCUGGCGCUGACGACGCUGCUGAAGACGGGCCACGAAUCCAACGUCGAGAGCCUCGUGAAGCAGAUCACGACGUUCAUGUCCGACAUCAGCGACGUGUUCAAGAUAGAGGUGGUCGCCGCCGUCAAGGGCCUGUGCCUCAAGUACCCGUCGAAGUACAAGACUCUCAUGUCGUUCCUCUCCACGAACCUCCGAGAGGACGGGUCCGCGGAUUUCAAGAAAGAUCUCGUGGAUGCGCUGCUGCUGAUCAUCUCGAAGGUGCCCGCCGCGCGGGAGGUGGGCCUGCUGCACCUCUGCGAGUUCAUCGAGGACUGCGAGUACCCCAACCUGUGCACCAAGAUCUUGUCCUUCCUCGGCGAAGAGGUGCCCAACACGAGCGUGCCCUCCAAGUACAUCCGCUUCAUCUACAAUCGGAUGAUUCUGGAGAACGCCCCGGUGCGCGCCGCCUCCGUGGACGCUCUCACGAAGAUCGCGAUGAGGUGCCCGAAGCUUCGCCGAGACGUGAUGCUGCUCCUCAAUUUCGCGCAGAACGACAACGACGAUGAGGGCGUCGUGGGAAGUUCGGUGAUCGACCGCGCGGACGUCGCACGCGAGAGCUGCGAGGCUCCGGGCCCACUCGAGGUUGUGGUGGCGGUGAGGUGGCAGCCCAGGCUCGAGGCCCAAGGCUCUGCCGCUCCUCCGCCUGCGGCCUGCGCGCCUGCCGCCCCGGGGCUGCGCUCGCCCUGGCCGCCGGCGCUCCGCGCCAUGCGCCCGCGCGCCGCGCGGCGGCGACCCGCCCCCCUCGCGGCGCUGGCCCUCGCGGCGCCGCCGCUGGCCGCCCUCGGCCGCCGCGGGGCGCCCGCGCUGGCGCCGGGCGCCCCGCGCCUGGCCGCGCGGGCGCCGGGCCGCGGGGGGCGCCUGCCGCGCCGCGCGGGCGCCCGCGCCCGACGCGCCGCGCUGGGCCUGCGGCGCCCCGGCCGGGCGCCCCGCCGGCGCCGCGCCCGGGCGAGGGGCGGCGGCGCGGGGGUGCUGGGCCCGGGGGGCCCGCCGGCGCGCUUCGAUUCGGCGUCCGUGGGCGGCGUCUGGGUGCAGCCGCCCAGCGGCGGCUCUCCGUGGAGCCAGGAGGCAGACCCCGCGGUGGUCCCUCUCUCCAUGGGCGCCAUCGGCGUGGCCGAGAGCAGCGACGGCCGCGCCUGGCGCAAGGUGGACGGGCCGCACCCGGGCGGCGCCGUCCUCCCGCCGAGCACCGAGCCCGGGGCCUUCGACGCGGCGCUGGUGGGGAUGGGCAGCGUGGAGGGGUCCAGGCUCUACUACUUCGGGGGCAGCCGCGAGCCCUUCCAGAUGGGAGGCAGGGCGCUCACCGGCGUGCUCCAGAGCGUUGGCGUCGCCGAGUGGGACGGCGCCGCCUGGCAGCGGCGGGGGGAGGUGCUGGGCCGCGGCGCGCCUGGCUCCUUCGACGAGGUGUUCGUCGCGUCGCCCCAGGUGGUGCGGCACGGCCCGGGCGAGUGGCGCAUGUACUACCACGGGGCGGGCGGCGGCGACCGCAGGUUCCGCGUCGGCCUGGCGGUGUCGGCGGACGGCCUCGAGUGGCGCCGGGCGGGGGCCGUCCUGUGCCCGGGCGAGGGCGGCGCGUGGGACGCGGGCGGCUGCAGCCGCAGGCACGUCUUCCGCCUGGAGGGCGCGGCCGGCGGCUACGGGAUGCUCUACGAGGCCACCUCGGCCGCGGGGCGGCACGGCUUUGGCCUCGCCCUGUCGCCCGACGGGCUCGAGUGGCGGCGCGAAGGCGACGGCCCCGUCUUCGCGCCCCCGGAGGACCCGGGCGCGUGGGACGGCAGGGCGGUGAGCGCGCCAUGCCUGGUGCGGAGCCCAGGUGGCGAUCGCCUGCUGUACUACGUCGGCCUGGACGGGGCGGGGGCGGCGGCCGUGGGGAUGGCCCGCGCCGACGGCGACGGCCUGCGCGGGUUCUCGCGAGUGUAA